AUGUCUGAGUUAAGAAACAUCUGCAAUUUCUUUACGUUUAAAGAACAGAUUUUGUGCUCCACCAGCCCCGGGUGCCUUGUCCGUGGGGCGGGGCAGCAUGACAUCCGGUUGGAAAGCUACAUCAACCCAACAGUCGCCGUGAUUACCUCGGAUGGGAGAAUGAUUGUGGGAACGCUGAAAGGCUUUGACCAGACCAUUAACUUGAUAUUGGACAAAAGCUAUGAGCCAGUGUUCAGCUCUUCACAGGGAGCAGAACCAGUGGUCCUGGGGUUGUACUUCGUGAGAGGUGACAAUGUUGCAGUCGUUGGAGAAAUUGAUGAAGAGACGGGUUCUGCCCUUGACUUGGGGAACACUCCAGCAGAACCUCAGAACUCUGUAGCACACUGA